AUGACUACCGCUACUGCUGUCUACCCUACUUUGGAGGAGCGUCCUCUCAAGGACACGAUUGUCCUUUUCGAUGUUGACGAGACCUUGAGCAAGGCUCGGCGUUCUGCCACUCCGGAGAUGCAUGAAUUGCUCUCUCGCCUGCGACACAAGUGCGCCAUCGGCUACGUCGGCGGUUCCAACUAUGUGAAGCAGCAGGAGCAGUUGGGCAAUGCUACUACCGAGGUGACCAGUCUCUUUGAUUUUUGCUUCUCUGAGAACGGUCUCGUCGCAUGGCGUCUCGGCAAGCCUCUCCAGAGCAACAGCUUCAUCAAGUGGCUCGGGGAGGACAAGUACCAAGCCCUGGCCGACUUCUGCCUUCGCUACAUUUCCAAUGUCAAAUUGCCUCGAAAGCGUGGUACUUUUGUUGAGUUCCGCAAUGGCAUGAUCAAUGUUAGCCCCGUCGGGCGUAACGCCAGCGUGGAAGAGCGUAACGAGUUUGAAGCAUAUGACAAGGUUCACAACAUUCGCCGUGAUAUGGUCGAGGCCCUGAAGAAGGAGUUCCCUGACUACGGUCUUAGCUACUCAAUUGGAGGUCAAAUCUCGUUCGAUGUCUUCCCUAAUGGCUGGGACAAGACUUAUUGCUUGCAGCACGUCGAGGCUGAGAAGGGCAUUUCCGGAGUCGAGUACAAGACCAUUCACUUCUUUGGUGACAAGUGUUUCCCUGGUGGGAACGACUACGAGAUCUACAUGGAUCCGCGCACCAUUGGCCACGCGGUUGACGGACCGGAGGACACCAUGAAGCAAUUGAAGGAGAUCUUUGAUCUUUAG